CUCUCCACACAAAUCUUCCAAAGUGCAAACCUGAUCUUGUCAUCUUUCUUUAAAACCAUUUUAUUGUCCAAUUUCAAUCCAAAUUCCUUAGGCUACAAGAUCCUGCUGGAUCUGGCAUUCCGGAGCAACCGGGCCCGACCCAGUGGAAAUGCAGUUCCCUCGGGCUAGUUCCCACCCCACCCCUGCCCUCCUCCAGCCGCUCCCCUUCCCUCUUCAGUCCUUUGCUUUUCAACACGGCGUUCCCUCCCUACGCCUGGAAACCUCUCCCCCGACCAGCUCCGCUACCUCGCGGACUCGGCCUCAUCCCCAGGCCUCUGCCAGGAUGCCGCUUCUUCCAGGACGCCUUCCCAGGCUGCCCAAGGACGGUAGGGGCCCCAAUAGCGUAGGAGCUUGGGGUUUGGUCUAUUGCCUCGCAAUCGGGCUGUCAGAUUCAGGAGUGCAGGGGCCAAAUACCUGCAGCCUGCGGUCUCUGCUUUAAACUGCGACAUUUUGGGGCUCGAAUUCAAUGACCUCCACACAAGUGUAAGCUAGCUCCGUCUUCCAUCCGGACUCAUAGCUGGUUCUGGCAGAGCACCAGGCUGAGGAUUACAGACUGGGACUGUUUUGGGGGGUGUGGCCGGGUCCUGGAGAUUCUCAGUGCUUGCAGAGGGAGCCUGGGAAGCGUGCCCCUCACAAACAGGGGCGAAACCCUCCGGCCAGCCCCGGCGCCUGCCCCUCACAAGUAUGGCAUCCUGCGGAUUCUUAUUGGUCCUGGAGGACUCCCUGGGCAGCGCUGAUUGGCGAACGGCGGGGGCGAGGCGAGGCGAGGCGAGGCGAGGCGGGGCGGGGCGUCUCCGGCCCGGCCUAAAGUGCGGCUGCGGGCACCGGGACUAUGUCGCAGGCACGCCGCCACCUGCGACCCGCUCUUUUCCUGGCGGCGGUUUCUGCGCGCGUUGCAACUACCGGGGUAGCGGCUCGGCGAGGGUUGAGCGCGUGGCCCGCCCCGCAGGAGCCCGGCAUGGAGUAUCAGGAUGCUGUGCGCGCACUGAACACCCUGCAGACCAAUGCUGGCUAUCUGGAGCAGGUAAAGCGCCAGCGGGGUGACCCUCAGGCACAGCUGGAAGCCAUGAAGCUGUACUUGGCACGGAGUGGGCUGCAGGUGGAAGACUUGGACCAGCUGAACAUCAUUCACGUCACUGGGACCAAGGGGAAGGGUUCCACUUGUGCCUUUACUGAACGUAUUCUCCGAAGCUAUGGCCUGAAGACAGGAUUCUUUAGCUCUCCCCACCUGGUGCAGGUGCGGGAGCGGAUCCGCAUCAACGGGCAGCCCAUAAGCCCUGAGCUCUUCACCAAGCACUUCUGGCCCCUCUACCACCGGCUGGAGGAGACCAAGGACAGCAGCAGCUAUGUCUCCAUGCCCACCUACUUCCGCUUCCUCACGCUCAUGGCCUUCCACGUCUUCCUCCAAGAGAAGGUGGACCUGGCAGUGGUGGAGGUGGGCAUUGGUGGCGCUUACGACUGCACCAACAUCAUCAGGAAGCCUGUGGUGUGUGGCAUUUCCUCUCUUGGCAUCGACCACACCAGCAUUCUGGGGGACACAGUGGAGGAGAUCGCGUGGCAGAAAGGGGGCAUCUUCAAGCGUGGCGUCCCCGCCUUCACCGUGCUCCAGCCUGACGGUCCCCUGGCAGUGCUGAGGGACCGGGCCCAGCAGAUCUCAUGUCCUCUCUAUCUGUGCCCACCACUGGAAGCCCUGGAGGAAGGGGGGCCGCCGCUGACCCUGGGCCUGGAGGGAGAGCACCAGCGGUCCAAUGCCGCCUUGGCCUUGCAGCUGGCUCGCUGCUGGCUACAGCAAAAGGACUACCGGGGCAUCGGGGAGCUGAAGGUGUCCAGGCCCAGUCUCUUGCGGCAGAUGCCCCUGGCGCCCGUGUUCCAGCCCACGACCCACAUGCGGCAUGGGCUUCGGGACACGGAGUGGCUGGGCCGGACGCAGGUGCUGCGGCGCGGGCCCCUCACCUGGUACCUGGAUGGCGCGCACACCGCCAGCAGCAUGCAGGCCUGCGUGCGCUGGUUCCACCAGGCGCUGCACCGCCGCCAGAGGCCGAGUCGCGGCUCUGAGGUGCUUGUCCUGCUUUUCAACUCCACCGGAGACCGGGAUCCCGCAGCACUGCUGAAGCUGCUGCAGCCCUGUCAGUUUGAUUAUGCUGUUUUCUGCCCUAACCUGACAGAGGUCUCAACUGUUGGCAAUGCAGACCAGCAGAACUUCAUGGUGACCCUGGACCAGGUGUUGCUCCGCUGCCUUGCACACCAACAGCACUGGAGCCGCCUGGACGAGGAGCAGGCCGGCCCGGAGCCUGGUGAGCCCACAUCCUCGCUGCUGGCUCCCCACCCGCCCGAGCCCCGUAGCACCAGCUCCCUCGUCUUCAGCUGCAUCUCCCAUGCCUUGCUGUGGAUCAGUCAAGGCCGGGACCCUGUCUUUCAGCCACCCAGUCCCCCGCAGGGCCUCUUCGCCCACCCUGUGGCAGGCAGCGGGGCCGGCGUGCUCCGUGAGGCUGCUGCCAUCCACGUGCUGGUCACCGGCAGCCUGCACCUGGUGGGCGGCGUCCUGAAGCUGCUGGAGCCAGCCCUGUCCCAGUAGCCCAGGCAGUGGGGGUGGAAGUGGGGGCCUCCCACACCUGCCAUGCAUCUCUCCACGAACUGCUACGUUAGGUGCCUUUUGUUUCUUGCUUUUCUGAUGGUCUAGACUGGCCCAGGGACCCAGGCUUUAGGCAGCAAGAUAGAGGGCUGGAGGUGGGAGGCUGAGAUGGGCCAUCCUCUGUCUCUGAGCCUAGGGUGCCUCUGGCCUCUUCUUCCUCCCGGCUGAGAGAGCCAGAGGGCUUCCUGGUUGUCCCGCCAUCGUGGUUAGGCCUAGACCACGCAGCCCACCUCCCCUCCCACCCUGCCUGCUUCCUGGCUCAGGCUUAGCUUCUUAGGCCAGGCCUAGGGUCCUGCUGGGUGCUGGUUGAUAGAUUUCCUCCUCCUAGUGGCCUUCUGGGAAAGAGACGGCUCCCGCCUGGGGCCCCCUAGGGGCAGAGGAUGGCUGGAGACAAUUAAAGCCUUUAACUUUUUUAAAAAAAGAAAUGGCAAACGU